GUCUCGGCACCGCCGCGUUCGGCUCCUGCUGCACAUCGCUCAUCUUCCCCGCCACCGGCUGAAGGCUGCUGGACGGCGGACUGAACCUGCGGCUGGUGUUCGGGUCUACCGGAAUGCGCAUCACAACAAUGUCAGCAAAGAUGAGCAGCAGUGCUGCGAGCCCCAUGGCAGCCAGCAGCACCGGGGCCGGACGCGGAUCUGGAAAGGCCACCAGCUUCAUCCCUGAGCUCCAGAGCAUGAUGUUUGCCCUUGGUGACGCUCGAAGACCCUUGCACGAGACCGCUGCCCUGGUGGAAGACAUAGUGCACACUCAGCUCAUCAACCUCCUCCAUCAGGCCGCUGAAGUGGCCCUCCUGAGAGGGGCCAGGGUCAUUUCACCAGAGGAUAUCAUCUUUCUAAUGAGGAAAGACAAGAAAAAAUUACAGCGGCUCAUCAAGUACAUGCAGUUCAGAGACUACAAAUCCAAAGUCCUAAAAACCAUCGACGAUGAGGAGCCGCUGGAUUCAGACAAAUACAGCAGCAACAAGAGGCAGCGUCUGGCGCAGGACUUCCUGGUCUCCAUCGACCAGACGGGGGAAUUUUUGUCUCUGGUGGAGGAAGAGGAGGUGGAUGAAGUCAAGCAGGAACGGCUGGAGAGAAUUGAGAAGAUGACAAGAAACAUGGAUUCCAGUCUGUACAGUGAUUUCUGUGAAAGUCGACAGCUGAGUUUCUCUAAAAAGGCCUCUAAAUUCCGCGAGUGGCUGGACUGCAGCAGUCUGGAUGUGAAGCCCAACGCCAUGUCCAUGGAGGUCCUGUCGUAUCUGGCCUACGAGACAGUGGCCCAGGUUGUCGACCUUGCCCUGUUGGUUAAACAAGAUAUGACUCCCAAAACGGGCGAUCCGUUUCAACACGCCAUAUCAGCAACUUUCAUCCAGUACUGCAACUCCUCGGCUGAGGCUGCAAGCACCAAAAAGGAAACGGACUCUCCAGAAAACACCCCUCCGUCCACUCCCAGCGGCCCACUGACGGCGGGACACCAGGGGAAGAUGCACUCCAUGGCCCAGGGCAACGGUGGGCCAAACCAAGAUGGCAGCAGUAAGGUUAAACAGAGGAAAAGGAAGAAGAGCGCGGCGGCCUGUGGCGCAGAGGCUCAGAGCAGUGCCAUCCAACCAGCCCACAUCAGAGAGGCCAUCAGGCGCUACAGCCACAAGAUUGGCCCGCUCUCCCCCUUCUCAAGUGCCUACCGCAGGAACGGGAUGACUUUCCUGGCCUGCUGACGUGAAGAACGCGAGGAGUGUGUCUGUCACGGAGCGUGUCUGUGUGUUUGCAGGGCCGUUAGAUGGGAAACACUGUGGACUAGCAGGAAUCUGGACUGGACGUGUUGUGUUUUGUUGCUGUUCAUGUAAACUCUAACAGUGAAAGUGUUCUCUUUUGUAAACAGGUUUCAUUUUUUUUUUUUUUUUUUUUUGGUUAUAACAAAUAUUUCAUACUUUU